AUCUCUAACAAUGCAACAAAAUAAUAAUGAGAAAUUAAAAUCUUUUUUCAACGCAUUUGAAUGAAUUUGUUUCCCUUCCCAUAAAAAGAAAGCGUAAAAAUAACAGAAAAUUAUAUACAUAUAUUUUAAACAAAUUUUUUAUACUUAUUAAAAUAUACAUACUACAAGGAUUAACAAGAAUAACAAAUGGUAUGAAAUAUUGAUGUAAUGAUAGACGAAAAUUGUGUUAGCUUUACAACACAAAGAAAAUGAAACGAAACUUAACCUUAAAAGUGUUUUUGCGAUUUUCUUCAAUUAUGGGAAACUAAAAUCAAAUUUCGAGCAUUACAUGAUACAUAUGAUAAUACAAAAUAAAAAUUGCAUAUGAAAUUUACCAAAUUUCUUGUAUAGUUAAAUGAAAACCAUUUGUAUUAUAUAUGAAAUCAAAAAUUACACAAAGAAUAUUAUGCUAUACAUCAAUAAUAAGAAACCGAUAUUUCUAUAAACAGUCAAGUAUAACAGAUUAUACAUACAUACAAAUAUAAUGUACUUUAAUGUUGAUAAACAAAAGAAAAAACAAACAAAAAUAAACUAGAAGAUGAAAAAAACAAAUCCAUAAAAUGAAAAGAAAGUAAAAAAUGAAAUAAAUACGCGCACGCAUUAUGGAAAUUGAUCAAAAUGAAAAGGCAUUCAGAACAGAACUUGACAUACAAAACAUACUGAUGUAUUUGAUAGAACCGAUGAAGGAGCGAGAGCGAGUGGAACGUAAAAUCGUUUCGAAAGCAGUGCACGCAUAGCCUUUCGCUAAUUGCAGGAAAAGCAGUUAACAAUGUUAACUCUGGCAAGCAGUUUUAAACAUAUUUAACAUUUAAAUUUAUUGCAUACGCGAGCGACAAAAACAAAGCAAAAAUAUUUAAGUCAUUUACAGUUGAAAUGGUCAAGCAUCAUUUUAGUUGAUAACUGGAAACAAGUAUGUAAAAGAUAAAUAUUGUAUAAAAUGAUUUAUUAUUAAUUAUAAGUAACAGAACAUAACAAAUUAAGCAAAUGAAAGAAAACCCCGAAAACAUACAGAGAAAAGAAAAAAAAACAGCUAAAAAGUAAAAUAAAAUAAAAGAAAAUUAUCUACAAAUUUGUGUGCAUGUGUUUGCUUCAACAUACUCGUAUAAUUUUUCCUUAUAUUUUCAGCAUUACUCAAUUUAAUCACGGAUAUAAUCGUAUAUUUUAUGAUCUGAUUCUACUAAUGCAAUGUAAUGUAAUUGCGGGUUUAUCAAUUUAAUUUUUGUUGAAAUCAAUCAAGAAUGCAAAUCUCGUAAUGAAUCAAAGACCUAUAUUUUUACUUGUUUUCCAAAAUAGAAUUAGGAAAGCGAAACUAACUUAGGUAUUAAAAGUAAAAAACUACAGAGGAGACGACUUUAUGAUCCCCUCUAGGCAUUUUCAAUAAAAGCAAAUUCCUAAAAAGUAUACCGAAUUAAUUAAACCGAAUGCUGUAUUUGGUAUAUGAAUAUAGUGUUCCAUUCAAAAAUAACCCUUAAGUGGAAAAUGUUAACUGAAGUAACUAUAUCGGCUGUUGCCGCUGAUUAAGAAUAUAUACACUUAACGAUGGGGUCGUUGUUUUAUUCUUCUGCCUUUUACAUACAUUUCCUGUAGGCGCAAAGUUAGAAUCGUCCACUUGUCAACGGAAGGCAAAAUUUCCUUAUUUUCCUCUAUAUACUUAUUUUUCGUUUGGUAGCUAGCAAAUCUCUAUGAAUCAAUAAAACUUUAGUUAGUUAGUUAGUUAAAACAAAUUUGAACUGUGUGCAAAAAUGGCAAGAGCCGCGGAAAAAAUUAUGAGUCUAUCUCUUAUAGUCUCCGAGAUCCAGUGUUUCAUACUAAUAGACAGAUAGAUGGACAUAGCCAUAUCCUCUCGGCCAUUGCCCGUUACAUAAAUAUGCCUUAGGCCCAAAGUUAUAAUACCUUUCUACCCUAUGGGUAGCGGGUAUACAAAGGCUAAUUGAUGGUUGCACUAACUUAGGUUAGUGAUUGUAGUCAAAUUCAAAUAAUUAAGGUUAGCUGGGACAAAAACCUCGAGCUUUUUUUCGAAGUAUGUAUAAAAAAGCUUUUGCCUUGACUAGAAAAAACAAUAUUAACUGGCUUGGCGCUGUCGCUAAUAAAUAAUAAAACAGUUGAUCCCUAACCUAUGCAAUCUUAAGGUCAGAUGCCUCAGUCUCAAUUACUCUCUCGCGCUCUCUGGUCGUGUGAUGCUAACUCAAGUGAUUCGAAAAGUGAAGGGUUGUAAACGAAGAUUUGCCGAGCUGAUGUUAAUUCUAAUGGCCGUGAGUGUGCGAGGCACCUUAUGCUUGGCAUAAGACAAGAAAUAGUGUUUGCUAGUCUACAGGUGAACGUUCGAGUAUAGAGUUGAAGAGAGGCAAAUGGUGAGCAAGAAGAGAGUUUAUGCUGCAUGUGUUUAACUUAAUUUGCUACUCACGUACUGACGUGUUGCCGACGACAAUAGCAACAACAACGACGACGAAGACGACGGCGCUGCCGAGUGGCUUCGUCGGGAGAGUAAGAUCGUGAAUGUUUCAGGCGGGUCGAGCUGACAGAGCAAAUGAAAUAACUGCAUGAUAGACUCAAAACUAACUUCCAACAGCACCAGCGAAAAAGCGUCAAAGGCAAAAGCAAAAGUCGCUGCGCAAACAGCCGCAGCAGCAGAGACAGCGGCAGCGACAGCAAUGGCAAAAGCGUUAAGAGCACCAAACAGACUUGAUUUCAGCCAACGCCAAUCAGUCUGUGCGAUCACUUCGAGCAUUUAAGACUUGUGCAGCGCAAAACAAAGAAAGAAUUCAAAGUAUUAAGUAAAUGUAAAAACUUGAAAAUAAAAGAAAAGAAAAUAAAAGGUGUCGAAUCCCGUUUUUGCUGCUACAGAAAACCUUUUAAAUAAGAAAACUUAAACGUGCGGUUCGAAAGUGAAAAGGCUGCCUCAAUAAAUCGUUAACAUUCAAAGCCUACAACAAGGGAACAACUUAAAUCUCAAUGCAGCUGUUGUCGGUUCAAUAACAAAAAAACAUUUUGGCGAUUAUAGGCCAAAGACAAAGAGAAGUGUGAGAGAAGGAGAGGGGAGAGAGAGAGAGAGAGAGAUACAUAUAUAUAUAGAAGGAAUCAAACAAAUCAGACUAAAGCAAUUCAAAACAACAAUGAAUCAAACACAAGUGAAUAAUUUCUUAAAAUGCUUCCUGCAAAUUGAUGAGCCCGUUAACCACUUGGCAGCACGUCACGAUGAUCACGACGAUGAUGACGAUCACGAUCACGAUCACGAUCAUGAUCAUGAUCAUGAUCACGAUCACGACGAGUCCGGUUCUUUGUUGAUGGCUAAAGUAACCGCCAUGGUGGUGCUUUGUUGCGCCAGCGCUCUCUGCGGCUCCAUUCCGUUCCUGCUAAACCGAUUCUACCAUUGGACUGAGAACCAGACUAAUGCUCGCUCGGCGACUGUGGUUAAGUGUUUGUUGUACUUUGGCGGCGGAGUUCUCCUAGCAACCACAUUCCUCCAUCUGCUGCCCGAGGUUCAGGAGGUGGUCGAGCAGCUACAGGAGUGCGAGCUUAUUCCCGAGCUAACUUUCCCGCUUGCUGAACUGCUGAUGUGCUGCGGUUUCUUUCUGAUGUAUUUCAUUGAGGAGGCAAUGCAUAGCUACAUGCAUAGGAAUCAGCAGGACAAUGCUGGCGCUGCAUUUGAGCGCGGUCACAGCAUUCGCCAUAGUCAUUUGGUGAAACCAACCGCUACUGCACCUGGGCAGACCACGAAUGCAGCUGAGUUGGCUGCACCAGUGGCAAAUGCCUCGCUCUCUGUGCAGGAUCUCAUGCAAAAUGAUUUGGAACAGCAAAAGUAUGGUGCAGUUCACCAUCAGCAGCACAGUCACAAUCACAGCCAUGCCCACAAUCAUGGCCAUAGCCACAAUCACAUGGUUAUUGCAGACGCCUCAGACGACAUUCUCGCCUCGUCCCUACGUGGACUCUUCAUCGUGUUGGCGCUUUCGUUGCACGAACUCUUUGAGGGCAUGGCCAUCGGCCUGGAGAGCUCCGCCAAUUCGGUGUGGUUCAUGUUUGGUGCAGUCUCGGCCCACAAGCUGGUACUCGCAUUUUGUGUGGGCGUUGAGCUGAUUGUGGCACGAACCCGUCUCAGCCUCGCUGUUCUUUAUGUGCUGACAUUUGCCGUGGUCAGUCCUUUGGGCAUUGGGCUGGGCAUUCUGAUUAGUCAAGGUCAGAGUGGAGGCGGACCCAAUUUGAUAUCAGCCAUACUGCAAGGCUUCGCCUGCGGCACUCUCAUUUACGUCGUGUUCUUCGAGAUACUAUCAAAGAAUCGCUCCGGUCUACGGGCUUAUCUGGCGCUCUUUGUCGGAUUUGUGAUUAUGUUCGGAUUGCAACAGCUCGGUGCAAGCGGAGGUCACGGACAUAGUCACGGCAGCUGUUCCUCAACAGAUGCUCACGAUCAUCAUCACACUGAGAGUGAAUCCAGCACAGACCACCACGCACAUCACAGUGAGGCUGAGCAGCUGGUUGCUGCCCAUAAGUAUCAGGAGAAACUACAGGAGUUGCGCCAAGUGACCCAAAAGCUGCUAGAGGCCCAUCCCAAGCAUAAAUGAUUGAAUUACCCAUGAUGAAUAUGAAUAUACUUCAUUAGUUUCAACUGUUAAGCAGAGAUUGUACAUUAAUACUGUAAAAUUAUUUAUCUAUGUAGGUAGCAAUCAAAUUGUAUAUAAUUAAAAUUAAAAUUUUGUUCUUACAUUAAUAUUAUUUAAGCAUCACAGUUUUAUAAAUUAUCAAAUAAUUCGAAGCUACGUAUUCUUAUAGAAUACUUACAAUUCAUAUUUCUACGACA